AAGCACAGAGCACAGAGCACAGAGGAGAGAGGCGUGCGUCAGUCAGUCUGUUCGUAAACCGCACGGAGUUCAGAAGCAGAGUAAUCUUUAGAGUUGUGUUGCGGUCACUGACAGCCGCACAGUUUUGUGCAGGAUAGCGGAUUUCCACCUGCCCGCGAUCACGGGACCCUAAACGGUUCACCUGAGGAGCGCCAGAACAUCGUUUGCAUGAAACUGACGCUGGAUAAAAGCAGUGGAUGCAGCCACGCUCCAUUUAAAGAAGGAAGGUGGAAGAUUGGGAGAGGCUCUGAAGAGAACCAGCUUGCAGCUAACAGUUCCUCCAAACCCAGCCUGAAACGCAUCAUGUCCCUCAGCACCUUCCACCUCAUGCAGACCCUGAAGAACUCUCCUGCCGAGUUGCGACGCCGCUUCCGCCGCGACCGGACGGAGUCGCUGUCCCACGGCGACCCUCUAUUUAAAGUGCACUACCUGGGCACGGAGAAGAUCUUCUCUCUGGAUCGAGAGCAGGCCGAGGAGGCCAUUUCUCACUUGCUCGAAGGUAUUGCAAAUGGGAAGAAGCUGAGGAAGGAUCACGCCCUUGUCGUGCGUCCCAGAUAUGUCGAGGUCAAGGAGCUGAGCACGGGUCGGCAGCUCACUAAGACCUACCUGCAGGACAUUGCGUACUGCGCCGCAGACACCAACCGACCCAACGUCUUCUUGUACAUCUGCAAACAUCGCGGGCAGCAGCUGCAGUGUCGGGUGUUUUGGUGCAGCCGGGCGGAACGGGCACGGGACAUGACUACCUGUUUGGGUCUUUCCUUCCAGCGGGCGCUCAGCGACUGGCAGCAGGCUGGCUCGGCCACGCUGGCGUCGGGAGAGGUGAAAGGAAAACUUGCAGAGGAGUCGUCCACUUCUCCAGCCAAAGCAAAGAGCUCCACACUGCCGGCUGGUCUGGGAAAAGUUCACUGGAAGAAGCGAGGCUCCGUAUCCCGCAGCCCCCUGAGAGUCAUCACCAGGAGAGGAUCUUCCUCUGACAGCUUGAACUGAGCUGUUUUUAGCAGGUCAGAUGUGGGACCACAUUAUUAACCUGGUGACGGCCUUUGUUCAAGGGAAGAGACUGAUUACAAGACAUGAGAGGCCACGGUGGAUGUUAAUGAGAAGUGAGAAGGUCCGUAUUUGGAUAUAAGGACUGCUCAUGAGUGGAUGCUGCCAUAAUCAGUGAGGACUUGGAGUGGGGGGAGUGGUGGCAGCAGGGUUGUCUUUGGAUUUUCGCAAGAGACAGCACAAGAUGCUCUUGACAGCUUCUGUUCAGCUUUCAAUAAAUGUAUGAGGAACUGUGACUGGCUGUGAGGCCGUUUGGGGACUGGACUGGGUCAUGCCCGUGUCAUAUUUUUUUUUUUCUUUUUUAAAUAUAUAUAUAUAUUUUGGCUUGUUUGCAGUACUGUUAAGACGGUUAAACCGACCAAGUACCUGCUGUGGGCCAAACAAUCCACGGGCAAAACUGGAUAAACACCACGAGAGUCUGGAUGUUGUUUUUAAAGAUUUAUUUAUAUUUAACUUGCAUAUGUGACAGGUCAUGAUGUAGUGUUAUAUGUUUUUUUUCCUUCAGCCUGUGCCAUUGGUGAGCUUGUUUGUUUUCUGCUUUUGGAUGGACAAAUUUAAGAUGACAGGGGCAGUGUAGGCAUGUCAUACCAAAGUAAGUCUGUAAUAUGCAUAAUUAGUCUGAGCACAUUCUAGUCCUUUUUUUUUUUUUUUUUCUUUUUAAAACUUACUCAGGAAAUUAUAAGUUUUAGUGAUUAUAUGAUGUCAGCUUUCAGUGAAAUGCAUGACAGGCCCUGCCGCUGCAUCAGAAAGGAGGAGGGUGGGGUGGGGUGGGGGGGUGGAGAUGGAUAUUAUCUAUAGAAUAGGGGUCUUCAAAAAAAAUAAAAAAUCUCUGGUUGCAUACAAAAAACAGCUCCUAACUCUCCUCAGCAAUAAUUUGCAUUUAUAUGGGGGAAAAGAAAAAACCCAGCAGUGAGUUGUUUGUGUCAAACACUGGGAACACUGUGUUCCUGUGAAGCCUCUGAGGAAUGCCAGGACAUGCACCUGCAUUCCAAAUGGGGGAAAUUUGAGAUGGGGACUUUCUUUCUCC